AGCCAAUUUGAAAAUUUGCUUCCGUCGAGUUUCAUGAAGUACAAUGCUUCAGGUCGCUCGCGGUGAGAAGCAUACUGUGUCGUUGUACCUCGAGCGUAGCGGCUGAUCAUGGCGAUAGAGGUCCUGUCAUCCUUACAGGUGGACCUGCAGAGUCUCGUGGCAUCGACGUCCACAGCUCGAGAAUCCCAGCUCUCGGAAUUAUCAGCUUCGACGCCUUUCUUACCUCCUAUACCGCGGGAUGUGCUCAAAUCCCAACUCGAGCCAAUAUGGAAUAAGCUAGCUGUAUCGGAGGUCCUCCGAGAAGGUGAGGCUGAAGGCAGUCAGACCCCUGGACGACGAGGUGAUCUCCUCCGCAAUGUCAUGGAUAUCGUUGGGCGAGAGAUUAUCAUUUCACCUUUGGUCCAAGGCGAGGUAAUGGAUCCGGCCAUCAAUUCCGAGCCUAAAGAGCGAGCUCGAUUCUUGAAUGCACUGUCGGACCGGUUGGAUACCGUUCUUACAUUGUACGAACUCUGCUAUGCCGCCUUUCCAGACAUCCCAUCCCUGGAGCCCGGAGCGAUCUUCAUCCCCCUGCUCGAGGAACUUGUCGAGCUCAUAUCUGUCGAAUCAUGGCGUGAUUUAUGGCAAUACGUUGAAACUCGCUCUAAACGAUUUACUAACGAUAUGCCGGCUUCAAAGGGGAAAGCUUUACCUCUCUUGCGGACGAUCAAUGCGUUCUUACGCUUCCUCCCAAGAACGCCGGCGGAUCUGGUCUUUCGAGGGAGAGUACAUCAGUUUGCUAGCUCUGUCAUCAGCAUUGCGGACAAGAGCGCCAUCAAUAUGAGGGGAGAUUAUGGAGACGUGAAGACCACGUGGGAGGAGGUAGAAUCUGUCAAGGAGGAAGUCAAAGCGGACACGGGACAGGGUCCAGCUGAUGGUGAUGUGGACAUGGAAGCGGCGGCAGCGGUAGUCAAGGAAGGUGCGGACGUAGAGUCGAAGGCUGAACCGGACCCGUCAAACACAAAUCCCGAGCCAGACUUUUACUCUACACUUUGGUCACUCCAGCAAUACUUUGCAUCCCCUCCCUUACUUGCUGGUCCGAGUGCUCCCGCGAAGGAUGGCGAAUCGUCAAAGACCCCUUUCGACGAUUUCAAAGAUAAGUCAGAUUUUGUCUUGCCAAAGCUUUUCGAACAGACCGUCAAGGAGAAAGAAUUGAUGGGCAUCGAGAAGCUCGGAACGACGAUCAAGUCGGACAGCGUGAUUUCGCAAGAGGCUGGUCGGAAACGAAAGCGUGAACACGCUAAGGAGCAACAGGAUGAAAGUCAGUCGAAGAAAGGACGAUUCUUCCAUCCUCGAUAUCUGACUGGUCGGAAGUUGUUAGAGCACGAGCUCGCAGACAAUGCAUUCAGACGGCAGAUACUCGUUCAAUAUUUCAUCCUCUUUCAAUUCCUGCUCAAUCUCACUCCAGCAUCGGCGUCAAAACAAGCUUUCACCGGUGGAAUGCCCAAAGACUUUGUCAUCGAUGCAGAGAAAGAAACUUGGGUCAAGUCAAAAAUCGCUUCUAUCCGGGAAGAGCUACGUCGAAUGCCAGGAGACGGCGUAAGAUUUGAAGAAGUCGUCUUGUCCAUCAUAGCCAGAGAGAGGCACUAUGCACAAUGGAAGAACGAGAAUUGUCCGGAGAAGAUCUUCGAAGUCCCUCCAAUGUCGACUGAGACUGCGGUCGAAGCAGCGCAAGCUUGGAAAAAGAGACUUGAACCGCCCCAGAGGUAUCCGUUCCCAGUCGGCUCGAGAUCGCUUUCAAGGCUCUGGAACAAGGGCUUUACGAAUCUUGAUCAGCUCAAAGGUUGGAAACGGUGAGCGGUUUCCCAGACUUGCCCUGGAUUGGAUCAGACUCUCAUCUGCCGUGUCUUCAGCCAAACCACCAUCGAAAGCUUGUCAGAGGAGAUCAAAGCCAUCGAAGCAGAAGAAGAGGAUGACAGGGCAAUGGGUCGAGAAGCGGACCCUGAGGAAGCUGUUGAAGUUGCCAAUCUCAAGG